AUGGACGGGGAGGCCGGCGCUGAGCGUGUCGUGCUGUUCUCUAGGCUAUGGGAAGUCUCAGACUUUUCCUUGCAGGUGGACUUCACCCAGAGCUUGGUCGAGCGCUUCACGGCCUACCACCGCUCCUACGUUUGCAAAGCCGGGCUCGGCGACGUGAUGCUGGGUGCUGCCGCCACAGUUGCAGACUACAAUGGCGUCGCGAAAGCCUCGCAUAUCAAGGACAAGCUGGUGGAGAUUGCCUACCUCAACGAGAACAUUGCGGGAACGGCCAUGGCAUCGUCCUAUGGCGGCAAGGCCACACCUUCGGGUAACUUCCUGCCGGAUGUCAUGAUGGCAAACAUUUGCAAACACAAUGUGACGAAGCUCCCGUACGAGAUUUCACGUCUGGCGCAGGACUUGGCUGGAGGACUCAUCGUCACCCUUCCGGCCGACAAGGAAUUCCGUAACGAUGUGGCUGGGCCUAUGUUGGAGAAGUACUUGAAGGGCAAGAAGGGCGUCACUGUGGAGAAUCGUCGACGCAUCCUCCGCCUCAUCGAGAACAUGACCAUGGGCAGGAAUGCUGUGGGCUACCUCAGCGAAAGUCUCCACGGAGCGGGCUCACCGCAAGCACAGCGGGUCCUCAUCCAGCGGCUCUUUGACCUCGAGAAUAAGAAGAGGUUGGCGAAGCACUUGGCUGGCAUCGUCGAGUGA